CCCAGGCUUAGUUACACUGAGGAUUGUGCUGGCAGAAUCAGACACUAUGGCAGACGAUUCUAGUCCUGCGCCUAUCACUGCACAGCACACAGAGCCACUCCUGCCCAAAACCAGUGAUUUCUACCGAGUGACAGAACACUUACCGGCCAAAUUUAACCAUCCAGACCAGUGGCUCCCUGGGUACAGAAGCAAAGCAACAAAUCCACUGUACAGAACCAGCAAUCAGACGUACGGCAGCAGGCCGCCCACUGUACACGAGAUGCCGACAUCGUUUAAUGCAAUAUCUGACAAGUUUUCAGAAAAGGCUAUAAAAUGCGGAAUGUACCGGAACAACAGCUUGAACACAUUUAGUGACAAAUGUUAUGUCACCGGUCCCGAUAAUCUCAUUACAUAUUAUGACAGACUGAAUUUUCACAAAAGCUAUAAUACAAAGGGUGGUUCUGAAUAACCGAAAUUACGUAAGAUCUAUACAUUUAAAUCAUCAAAUAAACAGUGCAAUACUUAC